UUUUCGGACUGACAGCUGCGCUUUAAUAAUCAGCUGACGGUCCUGACGAGGCACCAUAACAAAAAUGUUCUCAUGGGGAGAGGACUGUCAGCGCGGGUUCUGGUUAAAAGACUCCGCCUCAGGUAGCGACGGUGAACCGGAGGAUGGAGUUCACUUCUUAAACUUGAGUUACCACAUCAGGGAUCUGUCGGCAGGUCACAGUGUGCUCGCUUUUGUCAAAACUAAUGGAAAUGCGUUCAUCAUUCGCACAAAUGAGAGCAAAGAUGGGAGAAGAGUCAGAGGAAAACAGAAGUUCGUAAAGUGUAAAGAGAAGAUUCAGGCAGUGAGUUGCGGUGAUGAUUUGGUCACACUGCUGUCUGACAGAGGCACAGUUUUCUGUGUGGACUCAACUCGUCCCCCUUUCACCCCAAGACCGCUGGAAGUUUUGUGCAACAUACCAGUUUCUCAGGUUGCUUGUGGGAGCCAGCAUUCAGUUGCUCUGACUAAAGAUGGUCAGGUGUACGCAUGGGGUCAGGAUUCCAGGGGCCAGCUGGGUCUGGGGAAGGUGAAGACCGACACCAACUCACCCCAACACCUCCGAUCUCUGUCAGCAAUCCCCCUGGUUCAGGUCGCUGCAGGGGGAGAGCAGAGCUUCGCCCUCUCUGUCUCUGGAGGUGUGUUCGGCUGGGGCAGAAACGACCGUGGACAGCUCGGCCUGGGUGACACAAGAGACAGACAUACACCAACUCCUGUUCACUGCCUGAACAAGAAGAAAACGAUUCACGUUUCCUGUGGAAAGGAUCACACUGCCGUUCUGACAAAGGAUGGUGCAGUGUUUACAUUUGGCUCCGGUCAAUAUGGGCAGCUUGGGCACAACUCAUUCAGGGAUGAACUCCAUCCUCGUCUUGUUGCAGAGCUCUUGGGGGCAAAGGUCACCGAGAUUACAUGUGGACGACAUCACACAUUAGUGUUGACAGACUCCAAGAAGGUAUACGCCUUUGGGUGUAGAGAGCAAGGGCAGCUGGGACACAGAGACGAGAGUCAUCCGUCGGUGCCACUACCUGUUCAACUGCCACAAGACAGAGGAGAUGGUCCCAAAAUUAGAAACAUCUUCGCAGGAGGAAACUGUUCAUUUGCAACAUGCACGUGUGAUGAGGAAGUUCACGAGGAGUCGAACACCGACAGUAUCAGCAACGAAACACAACAUUGUCUUGAUGACAUGAUUGACAAAUGGAUCACUAAAUGUGAUCCAAAGACAUGGAAAAAGAUAAAACAGGAAAUCCACAGGAGUUUUUCCUCUGCAUCCUGUUUGAACAAAAGCUUCCUCGAGCAGAGCAAAGACAAACAUUUCCAGACGUCAGCAAAGUACCCCGGCUUGAACUUGUCACGUGCGCGACGUGCUUUCAAGAAACUGGUCAAGAAGGACGAUGUUUUGGCAGAGGUAGAGGCUGCGAUCCUGCACUUGCUUCUAUCCUUUAAUAAGAGACCGGUGGGAGUGGAGGGCUUGAGGAUCUUCCUACUUCUCAAUGAGCUUCUGUAUGUGAUCCAGAGAUGCAAACGGCAAAAAAGCACCAAGCUCGCAGAGGCGGUCGCUGCUGCAGUACUGGGCUUGUCUCCUGUAAGCCUUCAGGUCAUAGGGGACUGGUUGUCUUCACUGUCGACCUCCACCAUGGUUAAAUAUGUGAAGAUGUGGAAGCAGUCCCUCUCAGUCAUCCUGUCCUAUCAGCCUGUUCCUCGCAACUCUGGAGUCAGGAAUCUGCUCCUAGUCCUCCAGUACAUGUACAAUGUCAACAGCAGGAUCCCAGAAUCUCAAAGGAUGCAGGAAAGUGAUUUUUGUUUGUCUAUUGACAAAGGGUUUCUUCAAGAGGACCUGCAGCUUUGGCGUUCACAGUUGAAACGCAAGAGUGCGCAUGCUGAGCCACUUAUCCUUUGCAGCUUUCCAAUUGUGCUGGAUCUGCAAUCAAAGAAAGCAGUGUUUGACAUGAAUACAUUUUACACUAUGGUUGAAGCAGUAAGAUGCGCCAUCAGGGAUUUCUUAAUGGAAUUUGGAUGCUUUCCACCAUGUCCACAAGACGUGCUCUUUGUACUGGACCUGAGUCGAGCAUCAGUUUUGGAGGACACCUUUGAACAACUGGCUGAUCAGGAGGACUACAAGAAACCACUUGUGGUCUUUUUUGAUGAAAACCCUACAAUUGAUAAUGUCUACACAAAAGACUUUUUCUAUGAAGUCUUUCACAAGAUGGUGUCAGCCGAAUCUGAGAUGUUCAUGUUCAAUGACUCCACAACACUGGCAUGGUUCCCCUCCACAGCAAAACAGGAGCACGAGAGGUACUUCCUGUUUGGGGUUCUAUGUGGCUUGGCUUUGUGCAGCCAGUGCAUCAUACACUUGCCCUUCCCAAUGGUUCUGUUCAAGAAGCUGCUUGGUGUAAAGCCAUCACUGGAGGAUAUGAUGGAGUUCAGUCCAUGUGUUGGAAAGAGUCUGCAGAACAUCCUGGAAGACGAUGACAUAGACGACCUGGAUAUGUGUUUUUUAAUCACCUGGGAUGGGACAGACGUUGACCUUGAUCCUGAAAAUCCUGAAAAGCCACUGACAAGUCAAAAUAAGAAGGAGUUUGUGGAUGCCUAUGUGAACCAUGCCUUCAACACAUCAGUGGAGAGCGUGUUUUGGGAGUUUAGGCGAGGCUUCUUCCAAGCGUGUGACCGGGACAUAGUGAGGCUGUUUCGGCCAAAGGAGCUGCAUGAAGUGCUGGUGGGCAAAGACUUCCACGACUGGGAAAAGCUGAAAACGAACACAGGUUAUGAGGGAGGGUACCAUGUUGACCACCCCACCAUACAGAUGUUUUGGGAGGUGUUUGAUGAACUAACUGAGGAUCAGAAGAAAGCCUUCCUUUGGUUUCUGACGGGUUUUGAAAGGGUGCCUAUUCUCGGCCUUGAGAACAUCAAGAUGAUAAUCAGGGGCUUACAAGUCGAGGACCUCUCUGCCGACCAGUACUACCCUCAGACACACACAUGUUUCUCUUGCCUGGAGCUGCCCUUAUACUCAACCAAGGAGAUUAUGCAAACCAGGCUGACAGAGGCCCUGAGCAACAACGGAAGAAUGUGAAAGUGAUGGAGGGACGGUCCCUCAGCCGCUCAGUGUCUGUAAUGAACACAGUCUUAACAUAGAGAUAUCACUUGAUGGCGGACGAAAGACCUGGUGUAACAGUGUAUUAGAAAAAAUUCUUUAUGAUGAUGUGUGGUGGGUGUAUAUAAAAAAAUUCAUGCCUCAUAGUGAAAAUACUGAUAUAAAUUGUGUACAUAUGUUGCAGGGAAAUCAUUUUAUUGUUUUGUUUUUUUGUUUUAUUUUACGUUAAGUGUGUAAUAUCUUUUUUGCAUACAGAAAAGCAUAAUCCUCUGCAUUUGUACAGACUGUCCAUGUUUGUUUCUAGAACUAUAAUGUAAGAAAAUAAUUGUCAUAUGUAAAUAUUAUUUGGGAACAAAAAAAAAUACAUUCUUUAAUGCA